GAAUGGAUUAAUGUGUUACAAACCCGAUGACCCAAUUGAAUAUUUGGAAAGCUGUUUGCAGAAAGUAAAAGAGCUUGGAGGGCCAGAAAAAGUGAAAUGGGACACUUUUGUCAGCCCAGAAAAGAAGACCCUGCCUCCACUCAAUGGAGGACAAUCCCGGAGGUCUUUUUACAGGAAUGUGAUGCCUGAUAACUCUAACUUCCCCUACCGACGCUACGACCGACUGCCUCCCAUCCAACAGUUUUCCAUAGAAAGUGACACUGACCUUUCUGAAACUGCUGAGCUAAUUGAGGAGUACGAUGUGUUUGACCCUGCAAGACCUCGACCAAAAAUUAUCCUUGUCAUAGGUGGCCCGGGAAGUGGUAAAGGGACACAGAGUCUGAAAAUAGCAGAACGUUAUGGAUUUAACUACAUAUCAGUUGGUGAAUUGUUAAGGAAGAAAAUCCACAGCACAAGCAGCAAUAGAAAAUGGAGCUUAAUUGCCAAAAUCAUUACUACUGGAGAACUGGCUCCUCAGGAAACAACCAUAACUGAGAUAAAGCAGAGAUUAAUGCAGAUCCCUGAUGAAGAGGGGAUAGUGAUUGAUGGAUUUCCCAGAGAUGUUGCCCAGGCAAUCUCCUUUGAGGACCAAAUCUGUACCCCAGAUUUGGUGGUGUUUCUGGCAUGUUCCAGUCAAAGGCUGAAAGAAAGGUUACUGAAGCGUGCAGAACAGCAGGGGAGACCUGAUGAUAACCUGAAAGCCACUCAAAGAAGACUAAUGAAUUUCAAGCAGAAUGCAAUCCCACUGGUUAAAUAUUUCCAGGAAAAAGGGCUGAUUAUCACAUUUGAUGCAGACAGAGAUGAAGAAGAAGUGUUCUCUGACAUAAGUUCUGCAGUUGACAAUAAACUAUUUGCAAACAAAGAGACUGCAGCAGGACCAAAUGAACUUGAUUGCAGUCUGAUUAUGGAUUCUGGAGAUGCUGUUUACACAGAAUUUGACUUUGAAGACCAGGAGGAGGAUCAGUCAAGUUUUUCUGGUUAUGAGAGCACAGGAGACUUUUCGGAAGAUCUAAGGAAAUCAAACAUCAUUUUUGUUGUUGGUGGGCUUGGCUCUGGCAAAGGUAGCCUAUGUGAACAGUUAGCCAAGAAAUAUGGAUUUACUCACCUGUCCACCAGUGACCUUCUCCAAAAUGAAUUAUUGUCAUUAUCAGAGAGAAGUAAAUUGAUCAAAGACAUUGUGGAAUGUGGUGAACCUGUACCGGGCGGUAUUGUUCUAGAGCUACUGAAAGAAGCCAUGGUUUCCAAGCUAGGGGAUACAAAAGGAUUCCUGAUUGAUGGGUAUCCCCAAGAGCUGAAAGAUGCAGAAGAGUUUGAGAGCAAGAUUGGGGAACCAAAGCUCGUGCUCUGCCUGGACUGCUCUGCAGAAACCAUGAGCAGUCAGAACUCUGAGAACACUGAAACCACUGAGGACAGAACUGAAGGCUACUACCAAGCAUCAAACCCUCUGUUUGCAUACUAUGAAAGCAAGACACAGCUAUGCAAGGUUGAUGCAGAAGGAAGACAGGAGGAUGUUUUCCUGGAAAUCUGCAAGACAAUUGACUCUUUUCUGAAAAAGGAAGAGGCUGCAUUUUUUUCACCAGAAAUGCAGUAAUGGUGUGUAAGGUGUGUACACAGCCUUGCCCACGUGCACCCCACAGCCAUGAUUUGCUGGUCAAAGCAGAGCUGCUUCUUGAGUGGCAUCUGGAAUUUGUGCACGUGGUGUUACUCUAGAUGAAAUCUUAGUUCUGAAAGUACACUCAACAGAAAGUGGUCUGUAUGCUAACCCCACUCUGAGAACUAUAUUUUGUUUUCUUGGGUGUUUGCUCUUCAUGGGUUAAAAGCAGCAAGACGGGCAGCAGCUCUGGGUUUGUAUUUCAUGGUCACACACAUUCCACGGAAAAUGGGGCAGUGCCUGGCCAGCAGGGAGCUCUCCACCUACCCCAGUCACUGUCCAGCAGACUGACAUUAGGGUUAUUGCAUACAAGUCUCCAUUGAUUAUUAUUUUCUUUUUAUUAACAGUAUUAAUUUUUGUGGUGUCAGCUUGUUCUUGGGCUUUAGUGCCUGAAACCUAUUCUCUGUAACAUGCAGCUCUAAAAGAGCUGGAAUUACUCAAGCUACAAGUUAAAAUAACCUUUUCACACAUGCCCAGAACACUGUUACAAGGAGAAAAAUUCAUUGAAGAUACAGCUGAAUGUUGUGGAAGUCUGUCAACCCGUUAUUGGGAAGCAGACACCAUUUUUGAGACAGUCUUGUCUUCUGCUGGGAAUGUUAUGAUUUUAUAACUGACUUCCCAGUUUUGUGAGCUGAGAAUGAUUAUUGUAUUGUAUAAAUGUGCAGUCCAGUAAUGGUCCAUAUUAACAGCACAUGUGCUAUGGCUAUUAAAAUCCAUAUGUAAAGUUGGUUAUGAGCCAGAACAUCUCAUGUCAUCUCUAAAUUUCACUUUGGAAGUAUUCCAAAUGCAAAGUUCAGAUCAUCAUCUGUUGUCUUGUACUGGCAUUGCCAAAACUUGUGAAGGUGUGGUGGGGUGGGAAACCAAAUAAACAGGAAAAUGUCAGGGAUUAUUUGAUUCAUAUUGCUUGCACCUUUAGUAAGCCAUUUAUCUGUAAUCUGCAAAAAAGUCUGUAAAAGUGCUAUCGUAUUUCUGUUAGGUUAACUAAAAUAUUGUGGAGUUUCUUUGGUAAUACUGACAGCUAAAUAAAAGCUUGUUUGACGUUGCUGUAAAGUAACUGCAUCCUCUUACUGGAACUACUGGAUGAAUUUACAGUGAAAGUGGGUUGCAUGAUUGCUUGUACUGUCAAAGGUGUACUUUAUGAAGCAGAUUUGCAUUUUUAAAGUUACCUUUCUUGUAAUGAAGACAUAAUACAAAUAAAACAUGUACAAAAAUGAGGAGUAAUUAUUUCUGUUACAGUAUAUGUGGGUUUAAUCCUUUUCAAAGCACAGUACAUGACUUGAAAAUAUAGCUCAAAUCAGCAUGCUUACAGAGUAUGUCCUUUUUCCAAUCAGGGCAGAUUCUUCUCUUUCCUUUUCUUCCUUAGCAUUUGCCCUGUAGAUGCUAAUUCAAUUAUUUUUUAGGGUCUGUUUUAUGUAUGUUCUUAUCCUUCAUAUCAUGGAUGUUCCUUCUUUCCUGGGUCCUUCUAUAGCCUACAUUUUACCUCUGGUGCUCUAGAAGUGCUUCUCCAGCUCCAGCCAGUGCCAUUGAGCAGCAGCAGCAGUGCCUGCAGUACCACAGCAGCUCCCCAGGGCAGCUCUGGCCACUCCGGCCCUGACGCACCAGCAGCUGCUGCUGCUUCUUUUUAAAACAAGAACAUUCUGCAGUUACCACAAAGUUGCAAAUUCAUCUGGGUAGGUUUUCUGGAAUAUUUUCUAUGCUAUUUAAUUACAGUAGAAGUUAUAGUGUAGAGUCUCACACUUGUGCAGGAUGGGAACAAAGGCAACAAUCAGCUGCUAUUUUGUUGGGGUUUUUUAAAUCGAAUCACAAAAAUUAUUAACCAUACACUUUCAGUUUAAUUUUUAUUUCUGCUUCUUCUGUCUUUUCUGUGUAAAAAACCAAAAAAAUCCCAUGCUUGAUUUGGUGUUAUGUGCAUUAGAUACCUAUUUGCAUACGUUCAUAAUGUAUGCAGAAGCAAUAGCUGUAUAUGCAUGCAUAGGGAAACAUUAAUAUUUAUACAUAUUCAAUAAAAUAGGACUUAUCCAAGACACUCAUGAGUGAUUCAGACUUGAAAUUAUUCUUUAGCUUCCGACCUUGUUCCAAGGAUACCAAGAUCUUUUGUUUUUUCCAAGUAUCCUAAACUGAUGACUGAGUAUUUUCUCUAAUUUAGUUUUCUUAUUUUAUUCCCAUAAUUUUUCAGGAUAUAAACAGGAAAUUAAUGUUACCAGAGAUCCUUUUUCCUGAUAAUACACCUUCACCAACUCUAGUUUCCUAUAAAGACCAUGAAUGAUGUGGAAAGCAUAUUUUUAUGGUCUUAAAAGCCUCUCAGAGCAGUAUCUUUUCCAAUUAAAACUAAAAUACAUCAUGUGAGUUUUGUGUUGUGUUUUUUUAAGGUUUAUUGAAUUUAUCUAAGAAUGAGAUACGUGAGAUAUGCUUACAUAUGAUACUUGCUCAGUGUUUUAGUAACUGUACUGUAUUACUUUCUAAAUAGAUUAAAUGCCUACAUUCUUUUUUCUGAAGCAAAAAAUAGCUACACCUAAAGUUACUGCAAAAAUACUGACCAAUUUAUAAUUAAAGUUACUAGGUGCAGCCAGCCAAUUAUCCUUCCUAUUGCCAUCUUUUGUAGUCAAAUUAGUUUGUUUUCUAGCUAAUUGUUAUAAGUAUUCUAGCUUCAAAGCAACUGGAAGUCUAUAACAGUUAUAAAAUAAUCAAGUGUUUCUGAAUCACAAGCUAUACAUUUCAAUAAAAAAUAUAUUAAGUAAAAUAUGUCACAAUAAUUACAAAGCUUCUCAGACAAUGGUAUACACUGUACCAAGGCUACUAAAAUCUGGAUUUUCUGUGGUCUGACAGAGAAGUCUGUGAGUGAGGAAGGAGAGAGCUGGAAUGCU